UACCAGAAAAACAACUGUUGAUUAAAAAUUAAUACAUUUCGGAAAGAUGCAUAACGAUGCUGAGCUUUGACCUAAUUAAGACGUGGUCUGCAGAGAUCGAGCUUCUUGGGAUUUGGCGAAAAGCUUUCAGGAUGUGCCGCAGGACUCCUUUCGAUUAAGCUUGCUUUCGGAGAACUUUUCGGAAAUGUCUUAUAAAAGAUGCAACACUAAAAAGCUCGCCAGCGCAAAAGCUUCAGUCGAAAGAGAGGACGAGCUGCAACCCCUUAAAGGAUAAUUCCGGGAGACCCCCUUGUGCGGGCAAUGGAAUGGGCUUUUCGGAGUCAACAAUAAAAUUUUCAGUCAGCUUUGAGACGCAGCAGCCACAGCAGCAGCAGCAGCAUCCGCUGCAGGAUUUAGCGGUCGGUUCAACCAGGAGCAGCAGGAGUAGAGAAUUUUCGCGUCAGGAUGCGAAGUCGCACGGAACUGGUGACCACCACUUUCGAGGAGAGCGACGAGGAUGACUUCAGUCCGGACGAUUCCGACUCCGAGGAGGACUGGCGACCCACCAAGAAACGUCCGUCCAAGCCAUCUGGCUCCGAUGGCGGCAGGAAGCGGAAAUCGGCGGCAGCCACUGCCUCGAAGGCCAAGCGCCGGAUGGCCAAGGUGAGCGACGAGGAGUCCGACGAAGAGGAUGACCUAGAAACCGAUCCCAGCGACGACGACUUUGACUUCCCGUCGGCCAGCACUUCGAAGCGACCACAGAGUCUGCCGCCCAAGAAGCAAUUUGUUAAGUUAAGUCAACUGGAUUUGCUGGUAAAAAAGUCUGAUCUUAUGGAAAACGACUGGCUGAAGAACAAUCGCUUGUGUCUGUGGCGCAAGGAUGAACAGACGAAUCUGCUCCAGAAGUAUCUGCGGGUCAAGUCGGCUGCCGAGGAGGAGGAGCUGCUCUUCACCUCCAGUUCUGUAUAUUCCAGUUGGGAUGAUCAGCAGACGAGCGACUUCAUAGAGGUCAAAGUCAACUGCUUGGAUCCCAAUAACAGACGCAUUAAACUGCACGAUCUGGAGGCGGUUAAGAAAAUCUCCGUGGAACUACAAUCAGAGCGAAAUAAGAAACAGACAUCGGACAAAGAAGACACUUCGGAGGCGGAGGAGGAUAAGCCAAAUGAAGCUGAUUCUUAAAAAAACUACUAAUUAUACACGGAACUAACAUUUUCAUUAGUAUUUACAACUAGUUGGCCAAGUUAGCGUUAAACAACAAAUUUCCUUACAACAGCUAUGUGAAAACAACUUUAAAUUUAAUUUAGAAAAUUAAAGAAACUAAGAAAAAAGAAAAUCAAAAUGAAAAACAUUUGAAAAUA